AUGGACGCUUACCCGGAAGACUACGUCAACCACAAUCUUCCUUUGGUCCUGCUCUCAGGGCUAGAGGCAGAUACUGAAAAUGAUGCGAACCCUACAGUGGACUACCCACUUCUAGCAGAAAAGGGUCCCAGGAUCUUCUCCGACUUCCCACCGCUGAGCGGGGCUGUUGCGGAGGAGUUGCGGAGAGCACUGCUGGAGGAGGAUGGCUCCCAGAUGCCAUGGAGAGCGGGUCUCACCUCAGGUGGAAAUGCAACAUCCCCGCAUAUAGCAUAUCGCAUCAGGAGUUCUAGUCGGUCCUAUCAACUUCCUCCACGCAAAGCCAAUCCUCCCAAGACCUCUGCACCUACAAGCCCUACGAUUGACACGGACGGGACUCCAUCCGGCUCGACCACGCCAUAUGUCCUCCACUCGCCCAUCUCCCCGUUGUCUCCAGGGUCGCCCACCUUUCCGGAUGGCCUCCUCACGCCGCUGUGGGUGACCAAGCAUCAAGAGCUGGUCCCAGCAGCGGUGAUCAGUUUCUUUCCAUUCUCACUAGAUCCCAACAUGAAUUCGCUACGUGAUAAUCAGCUCAAGAUUGAAAUAAACAGCCUGAAGAAGGAAUGGACAUCCUCCGGGUUCAAGACGCGUUUCCUCGUUGUCCUGGUCUCGGAAGAUGGUGACGGGGGCUACGAAGGGGAAAUUGAUGAUCGUGUGGCUGGCAUUCGACGGGCAACGAACCUGGAUCAGAAGUCGAUCUUCGUGAUCCCACCAGACGCGACUUCUUCAGAGCUCAAGGAAUUCGUGAAAUCGCUGUUCUCUCUACUCCAACCAUCCGUAGUAGAAUACUACCGAGACUUGUCGAAGCAUGCUCGUCGCAAGCGAAAUCGCAGCACUAUUCCUCCCCCAACGGCACCACCGACAACUGGUACUUCCCAGACACUAUCUUUGCAAGGUUGGAACGUACGCUAUGAAUUCAAACUCGGAAUAUUUGCCGAGUUUCGCCAGGAGAUGGAUGCUGCCUGCCGAAACUACGAGAGUGCAUACGAGACCUUAUUUGGACAGGAGGUCUUUGAGAACAUUGCAGGCUGGGAUCCUCGUUUUAAUGACGCGCGUCUUCUGGGUGACGCCCUCGCAAUUCGGAUCAUUCGCUGCUUAAUGUGGACAGGUCAGACAACCUCUGCAACUCGGUUUUGGGUUGACCAUAGAAUUCGCACAAAGGAUAUUGUGAACCGACGAGGCAAGGGUAGCAAGAACUAUGGCUGGGAGGCCUGGGAAGCUCGGUGGUCUUUGGUGAUGGCACAGCUCAUCCUCCGUGCGGAAAUCUCUCCAUCAACUGAAACCUCGGGCGACCAAUCGAUGGCGAUGGCGAUCUUUCAUCCUCCCGAGAAGUCCAUUCCUACUGGCGAACGCGUUAACCCAUGGGAGCAUCUACAUCACGAAGGAUAUUGGCUGUAUCGGUCAGCCAAGCAUACGAUGGUGCGACGAGCGCUUGCUCUGCAAAUUCCAGAUGAAGACCGCAUGUCGCCCGGGCAAUCCCCUGCUUCUCAGAUCGCCAACAAAUCCUAUUUGUAUGAUACAUACCUUGCGCCAGAGAUGCACAUUGAAGCCCCGCAAUCGGGCAAGGGAGGCUUUAACCACUCAGAAUUGAUAUUGAGCUCAUUAAAGGCCGCCCUUGACGAAUUCUCGAAGCGACAACAGACAAGACAAGUCGAGAGACUGAGUCUUGAAAUUGCCGAAGAGUACAUGCGUAUCGGCUCGUGGUCUGAAGCUUAUACCAUUCUUGAACCACUAUGGUUGACUCUCAGUUGGCGCAGAUCAGGCUGGUGGUCCUUAAUGGAAAGCUUUGGACGGGUUUUGAGAGAAAGCGCUAUUCGUAUGCAAAAGAGUGAGACGGUUCUGCGAGUCGACUGGGAGCUGUUCAACAAGGUGUUCCCCCCGAGACCUGCGUGGCAUUAUGAUAUCCAUAAGAGUCUCGACACCCUCCCUGCUGAGAAGCCCAAACCAUCCGUGGUGCUUCGCGCAGAAGAUGUCAUGACGAGUCUAACUGCUUCCAUCGUAUUUGAAAAGUCCGAGGGCAACGUUGGUGAGCCAUUACAAGCUCAACUUAUCAUAUCGUCUUAUGCCCAAAAGGGAUCGGCGCCUAUCCGAUUAUCGGAGGUGAAGCUUGUUUUCGAAGGCUGUCUCCGACCUGUGAAGCUGCAAUCUGACCACAACGAAGAGGCUGAUAUCUCAUCUCCCUGCUGCAUCUCAUCAUUAUCACUCCGCGAAAACAGUUCGGCUGGUGACAUUCAAUCCCCAACGGGUGGUUUGACUACGUUGGUUGGAAUGGCCGACCUGACAAUCGGACCAUCGCAGACCAAAGUUUACAACCUCACUUGUAUCCCUCGCGAGGCUGGAGAGGCUCAGGUCGCCUCAAUCACAAUGCUGGUGGACGAAGAAAAGUUCGAUCUUGCCUAUGUGAUAACCGACCACGGCUUGCGGGAUGCUUACUGGUGGCAACAAACUCAGAAAGGACCGUCGCGGCGACGAGUCGGCAAGGAUAGGGAUACUGGAAGAUGCAAGAUCAUGCCGAAGCCGCCCAAGAUUCGGAUCUCCACUCCAAACUUGCGGGAGACAUACUAUACCAACGAGCGUGUUGUUCUGAAAAUUGGCAUUCACAAUGGAGAAGAUGAGGGUGCCGACGUCUCAGCAGAGAUCAGACUCUUCGGUAGCCCUGAAUCCUCAGCCAAACUGCAAUGGCUCGAUGGCAGCUCGAGCCCAUCAGAGUCGGGAACAAGUUCCCCAACAGAGGGUGCUUCGCAUUUCUUGAACCAGACUAUCGGAGUGAUGGAGCGUGCUUCUGACAGAGAGCUUACCGUCGUCCUUGCCGACACCCAGGAUGCCGCAAAGUAUUCCUUGGAGAUUUCUGCGGUGUACCAUGUCGUCUCCGACAUCCAGACUCCCAUUAUGAAGGUCAUUAACGUGGAUCUCUCAUUCAUUCGGCCAUUUGAAGCCAAUUACGACUUCAAGCCUUGUAUCCACCCGCUCCCCUGGCCGGACUUCUUCUCCGUCAGCGAUGACUUGGUCUGCGAUGAUCCUGCUUCGGCAGCCGGUGGAUUAUCGCAGAGAUAUUGCCUCAACUCAAAGGUGGUCUCAUUCGCUCUGGAACCCCUCAUCAUUGACCAGAUUUCUCUAAAACUUCUCACCUUAACCGGCGGCGCCGUAUCAACCAUCAACCCCGAAGUCCUCGUCAGCCCCGAAACACCACACAUCAGCCCCGAAGAACUGCGCGAAUCCAACUUCUCCCUCGACAUCCAGAAAAUCACCCUAGGCGACCGCCGUCCUGCAGCACUCAACGUAGCUCUCGAAAUAACCUGGCACCGGCGCUCCGACAAAACCACAAAUCCAUCGGACCUCGACUCCAACACAACCACGACAAUCCUCGAGAUCCCCCGCUUCGUGGUACCAAUGGGCGAACCGCGCGUCCUCGCCUCAUCAUCCCCCUCAAUCUCGCUCCCGGGCUUGCUCAAUCUGGAGUACACACUCGAGAAUCCAUCAAGCCACUUCUUAACCUUCAACCUGAUUAUGGAAGCCAGCGAGCACUUUGCUUUCAGCGGCCCCAAGACAACGGUCGUGCAAUUGGUGCCACUGUCCCGGCACACGGUGCGGUAUAAUAUCCUCCCUGCGAAACGGGGCCUCUGGAUUCAGCCGCAGUUGAUUGUUGUGGAUACGUACUUUAAUAAGACGCUACGUGUACUGCCUACCGGUGAGAUGCGUGCUGAUAAGAAGGGGAUACUUGUGUGGGUUGAUGCGGACGAUUAG